CCAGCAUGCAGAUAGCAGAUACGAUUCACGAAGUUUUUAAUCGAUGGUUUGUAGUUUUGUAGAAGAACAGAAGGUUCAGCACACGGUGAAGCGCUUCAUUGGUCAGUACACCAUUCCUCCUCUUAGUCCUCUACGCUUUGGAAAAGUUAUUUGGCCGAUUCUGGUUGUAAAAUCAAAAUGCUAUCCCGUGUUGCACCAAGAUUCGUCGUGCUUUCCCGCUGGAUCACGCAGACAGGGGAAAACGCCGUAAGGAGCAUUUCUACAACUCAGCAGCCUUCCGCGACUCCUAAUCCCCGUGCUCAUGAGAGCACACAUAAAAAAGCAACUUUUGAUUGGCGAGACCCACUUAAUCUUGAGUCGCAGCUUGAAGAGGAGGAGAAGAUACUGCGGGACCAGUUCCGUGCGUACUGUCAGGCCAAACUGCAGCCACGAGUUCUCGAAGCAUACCGCAAGGAACAUUUCGAUCCCCAGAUUAUGCGCGAGCUCGGCGAGAUUGGGGUUCUGGGAGCAACGAUCGAAGGAUAUGGAUGCGCUGGCGUCUCCUAUGUCUCGUAUGGAUUGCUUGCAAGAGAAAUCGAGAAAGUCGAUAGUGGCUACAGAUCCGCCAUGUCUGUGCAAUCGUCUCUUGUUAUGCAUCCAAUUAACGCGUAUGGAAAUGGGGAACAAAAAGAGCGCUUUUUGCCUCGGUUAGCCAGAGGAGAAAUUAUUGGAUGUUUCGGAUUAACGGAACCGAAUUCGGGAAGUGAUCCUGGUUCUAUGCAAACAAAAGCCAAAUUCGACGCGAAAUCCAAUGCGUAUAUUUUGUCGGGGACGAAAACCUGGAUUACCAAUUCUCCUAUAGCGGAUAUUGCCGUAGUAUGGGCGAAGAGUGAUCCAGAUGGGAAGAUUCGAGGAUUUAUUGUUGAACGCGGCAUGGAUGGCUUUUCCACACCGACUAUUCAUGGCAAACUCAGUCUGCGAGCUUCCAUUACUGGGCAGAUCGUACUGGAUGGAGUUCGUGUACCUGCAGAAAAUUUGCUGCCACAUGCUCUGGGAUUAGGAGGACCAUUCGGAUGUUUAAACAGUGCGCGCUACGGAAUUGCUUGGGGUGCUCUGGGUGCAGCAGAAACUUGUGUAGAAAUUGCAAGGCAGUACACUCUGGAUAGGAUACAGUUUGGUGCUCCUAUUGCCAAGAAUCAGUUGAUCCAGAAGAAGUUGGCAGAUGCCACGACGGAAAUUGCGAUAGGACUGCAAGCCUGUUUGCAGGUUGGCCGACUUCGAGAUCAGGGAAGUGCCACUCCGGAAAUGAUAUCGUUAAUUAAACGCAACUCAUGUGGAAAGGCCUUGGAGAUUGCCCGUCAGUGUCGUGACAUGUUAGGUGGCAACGGCAUUUCCGAUGAAUACCACAUUAUGCGGCAUUCUACGAACCUGGAAACCGUCAACACUUACGAAGGAACUUACGAUAUCCAUACUUUGAUCUUAGGUCGGGCAAUAACUGGGCUUUCGGCGUUUGCAUAAACGGCCUGAUAAAUUGUCCCAGUAGUUGUGCCUUUGCUUGCCGGUGAAAAUUUGCUUUUUAGUCAAAAUUUUGAAAUUGCAGUUAUUUGGUUUUGUUUGCUCACAAAUUUGUAUUAACCUGUUUCUGUGUGAUCAGAGUAGAAUACGUACUGUACUUGAUUUAAAAAUUAAAUCACUGGGAUUA